GAUAUUUGUCGCCCGUGCACCUGUUCUCACCUGAGACAGCCUCGCAAUAAGGUAAGCACUGCCUCAGGAAGGUUCCGUCUGUUUCAAUUUCCAGGGGAGUAAAAAGGUCAACGUCAGACUUGAAGGUAGAUCCAAGAGGAAUAAAUGGGACUGCACCUGCAAAUCACAAUACACCUGUUACUGCUUGUGCACACUUUUAACUUGGCCUCGCUUCAACAGUCAACAAAAUCUCCGAAGCACACAAUUGAUAGCAACUGGUUGCGUGGGGAGAACUUUAACGCAACAGAUUCUCAGAGGCCCACGAUUGAUAAAAGCUGGUUGCGUGAGGAGAUCUUUAACGCAACAGAUCCUCCAAGGCACACAAUCGAUAAAAGCUGGUUGCGUGAGCAGAAUUCUGACGCUGAAGAGGAAGGACAAAACGAACAGCCAGGUGACGUGUCUCCUACAGAAUCAAGCAACGAUUUAGGUGCCGUUGUGCCUAAUGACGGUGAUCAUGUGGACAGUCAAGAGCAGGGUGAAAAUAAGACAUCAGAUGAUCAGUCGGUUGCCAUAACUACCGAGCCUCCCACAUCCCCAAAGGCCAGCCAAGACCAACCUGAGCUGACGAAUAGAACUGGCAACUUCACAAACGGAGAAUCAAGCCAAACCAACAUCACUGGAAAUGAGGAGUUGGAUAACUCAACCACACCCCGUAUGACCCCGCCCAGUGAUCCGAUCGAUGGCAACUCCACCACCGUUCCGGAUUUUACCAAUCCCGCUCCUGUGAAUACCACUACCUUGUCACCCGGGAUAAUUAAUCCAAAUGAAAACAUGACAACAGGAAACAACACAGAGUCAACCAAUACAACGGAAUCUACGACCACAACUGUGACAACCACCACGACAACCGAGAUGAACAAAACAUCUGCAACACCUUCAUCCACGGAAGUGUUGCCUCCUGAUCCCGCCGAAUUCUUUCCUGAAGUGACAACAACCGUUGCUCCAGAAACACCUGCGGCCAACCUGGAUGAUAAACAGGCAUCCAGUGGGGGCAGCUCAGAAAGAGGUUUUGCAUCAGAGGCGAGCAAACGGCGCGAAGCGUGGGGAGCCGUGUUGGGAACAGCAGUGGUCGUGUCCGUUGUGGGAUUGGUGGCGUACGUCGUCUUGAAAAGGAAACACCAGAAAGGUUUCUCUCACAGGAAACUGGUGGAGGUGUUCCCCACUGAACCAGUUCUCAGACUGGACACCAGCGAGCCUUUGGAUCUGAACUACGGUGGCACGGCUUAUUACAACCCUGGACUUCAAGGGGACAGCAUUCAAAUGAGCAACUUCCCAAGACACAAGGCUCAGUAGAAGGACUCACGGAUCACUCUUGGAAAAAAGAACAUUCCAUGUGGAGUUUUGUCAAUAUGACUUUUUGUGGGAGAAAUUUAAAGAUGAGUUAGUCGCUUGAAGGUUUGCCGCGCAAAACUCUACUUGUUAGAAUGUUUUAGUAGCCAACAUCUGCCCGUCUUUUAUUCGUUUUUCCAAAGAUAAUGCAAUGCAUUGUCAUACUAUCAAACUGUUAUUAAUAAAUUAGCCACUCCGAGAUUUGGCAGGAUUCUUUUGAAAGUUGCGACAAAAGUUGCG